AUGGAUUUUGAUCCAGUAUCAUCGGAUGACCUGAUAGACGGAUACGAAAAGACAGUCACUGUCGUUCCAAGUCAUUACACGUGCGAUAAAACUACUGGUCAUAAGGUUUGCCGCGUUGGAUGGUAUGAUGCCAGCUGUAAAGUAUACUGUAUGCCUUACGAUGACAACACGAACGGACAUUAUUCAUGCGAUCCUGGGACAGGAAGAAAGAUUUGCCUAAAAGGAUGGUAUGGACUCACCUGUAAGGUGCACUGUGUCCCUAAGAAUAACUCGCUGGCGUGUUACAAGUGCGAUUCCCGAGGGCUAAAAGUUUGUUUGCGUAACUGGUAUGCCAAAAAUAAAUGUAGUGUUUAUUGCACACAGACUGAUGAUUCUAGGGCUGGCUACAAGUGUGACUCGAACAGAGCCAGGAUGUGUUUACAGGGCUGGUAUGGACCAUUAUGCGAUUGCAAAGCAAGGAAUGACUCGUUCCAUGGCUACACUUGUAAUAUCACAACCGGAGAAAAAAUCUGCCUCAAGGGAUGGUUUGGUGACUACUGCGAGAUUUUUUGUUCACCAAGAAAUGACUCAGUUGGUCAUUACAUUUGCCAGAGUGGUACUGGAGCCAAGGAGUGUCUGCCUAACUGGUAUGGAGAAAACUGUACUAUUUACUGCCGAUCCAGGAAUGAUUCUAUUGAUCAGCACGAGUGCACUGCAAGUGGGAGUAAGCUGUGUGCACGUAACUGGUAUGGACCCAACUGCACAGUUUAUUGCGCCUCAAGAAAUGAUCACGCGGGUCAUCUCACGUGUCACCCACAGACAGGGCGGUUAAUUUGUAAUCCAGACUGCUAUGGAAGCAGUUGUAGAACCUAUUGCGUUCCUCAUGAUCGAUCUGAGGACGGUUCAAAAAUAUGUCACCAAACUUGGUAUGGCCCUAACUGUUCUACCAACUGUAUCCCUAAGGAUGAAUUUGCCGGACACUAUAGUUGUGAUGCCACCGAUGGAAGCAAGGUAUGUUACCUGCACUGGUAUGGACCUCAUUGCGCAGCAUUCUGCAUGGCACAAAACAGCAGCAAAGGGCACUACACGUGUGAGGAAGAGACCAGUCAAAAAAUGUGCUUAAAAGGUUGGCAAGGAGCAGCGUGUCUUCAAAACAAUUGGCCUGAGGCAGCGGCGUCUGCAAACGAGUUUGGAGACGUGGCACAGUGUGACAGUGACAGAGGGAUUGAAGAAUUCAACGAGACUGAAAUCUUAAGCGAGUGCCUGUCUGCUUCGGAGCAAAGCUAUGAAACUGAAUCUGACGUUAACAAUCACGACACAGAUAGUGACAUUGAUCCAAAUACAUAA